UGUUGACGGGUUCUAUUGUCACCACAUCGCAUUUCAUCUACGCAUUGUGCUUUCAAUAGUUUUUUAUUCACUUAAAAUAUUUGUAUUAAAAACAACAAAAUACAUGCACACAAAGUGAAACAUGAUUUUUUAUUAUUUAUUGGGAGUAUUUUUGAUACUUUGGCUGUGCGUUUUAUGGAGCCGAAGAGAAUUUUAUAAGCUAAUAUUCAAAAUACCUGGACCACUGGGCUAUCCCAUUCUGGGUAUGGCUCAUCGCCUAAUGAAGAGAGAAGAAAUUUUGGAGGCAUUUCAAAGAGAAGAGAAGAAAUACGGAGAAACAUUUUUUUCGUGGCUAGGACCCUAUCCUUUCUUAGUUGUUGGUGAUCCUCAAAUAGCGCAAGAUAUUUUAACUUCACCCCACUGUGUUGAUAAAAGUUUUAUUUACACCGCACUUGAUGAUGGUACUGGAAAAGGUCUCUUCAGUUUAUCGAAUCCUAAAUGGACUUUACACAGACGACUUUUAAAUCCAGCUUUUGGACACAAAGUUCUUUUGAAUUUAAUGCCAAUAUUUAAUCAGGAAGCGGAUAAACUUCUAAAUAAUUUUGAGAUGUUUCUCACAGAAGAAAUCGACUUGACAAAAAUAUUUCAGAACUAUACACUGAAAAUUGCGACACAGACGACAAUGGGAGACACAAUACCUUCGGGUGGAACAAAUAAAUUCGAAGAAGGAUUAUUGAGCUGCUAUAAAUGCGUGCAGGAGUCAAUGACACAAAUGUGUUUCUCACCAUGGUUAAACUUUAAAGUAUUUCGGAGGUUUUGGACAAAUCAUUCUACUUAUACGGAGGCCAAAUCAGAAAUUCGAAAAUAUAUACGUAACUUGAUUAUACAAAAAACAAAGGAGGAACGAGAAGUCACACAGGGUAAAGUGGAAUUAGAUCAAAAUAUUUUUAUACACCGAGCUCUUGAUUUGGUUCAGAAAGGUCAUUUCAACUGGCAGGACGUCGAGGACGAGUGCAAUGUCAUUGUAUUUGGGGCUUUUGAAACAACUUCUAAUACAAUACUUUAUGUACUGAUGCUAUUGGCAAUGUUCCCACAGUAUCAGAAUAAAGUUUUUGAAGAGAUUUCUUCCAUUUUUUUUUGUAAGGAUGAUAAUGAAAUUUCCUAUAGUGAUACACAACAAAUGAUCUAUUUGGACAUGGUGAUUAACGAAACGAUGCGAGUGAUGGCACCGGUGCCAUUGGUAGCGCGGCAAACCGACCAGCAGGUUGAGCUAAGCAACGGUGUUGUACUUGCGAAAGGAAUACAGGUUGCUAUUAAUAUUUUCAAUAUUCACCGCCGAAAGGACAUUUGGGGUGAAGAAGCCCAUAUUUUCAAUCCGGAUAACUUUUUACCCUCAAAUUUGGAAGGAAAACAUCCAUAUGCUUUCAUACCAUUUACGAAGGGAAUUCGGAACUGCAUUGGCUGGAGAUAUGCUUUGCUUUCUUUGAAAGUAACCGUCGCUAAAUUGAUAUGGAGAUACCAAUUUACCACAACAUAUAAAUACCACAAUCUAAAUUUUGUAGAAGACAUUACAAUAAAAUUAAGAGAAAUGCCACUUUUUCGGGUGUACGAGAGGAAUAAAGCAAAUUUAGUUAUAGAGUGAAUUGUAACACAGCAUACAUAUGUAUGUAUGUAGGAAUAAUAAAAGACUCUUAUUUCAUAUUCUAUGUA